AAAACAGAUGGCGUUUAAUACCGGCAUUUAUAAUGUAGACGCAACGCUCUAGUUCCUUAAAUAGUGUGCUACCAUCUACAAUUCCGAGACUAAAUCAAGACUCACGUAUCAGUUGAGUUGGUACAUCAUUGUCUACGUUUAACUUACAAUAAAAAUUCCAAAUGAUCAAUUCCUUGUUUAUGAGGAAUUGACAGAAUGUGUUUGAUUAUUUUCUUGCUUGUAAAAUGGAGGACACAAAUGAUUUGUCAACUGAACCAAUUCUUUAUGAACUAUUAGAAUACUUUAUUCGAAAACAGGAGCCAGAAUUAAUAAAAUGUAAAAAUGAUACUGUUAUUUUGCCAACUACUGGUACUAUAAAGAAUGCAUUGAGAUAUCUUAAUAAUAGAUAUUCUUUACCGGAAAGUAUAUCACAGCAAAUAAGUCUCACAUUACCAUGGAAAAUUGCAGUAGGAGAUUGUGGUCGUUUGUUGGCUGUAUUACAAGAAAAUAUCAUAGAAAUACGGAAAGCGAAAGAUGAAUCAAUUAUCGGCAAAGCUUCUGUUCCAAAAGAUGCUUUCCCACAAUGGCGAAAACUUUCAUGGAGUCCAGAUGGAACAAUUUUAGUUUUAGCAUCUAGUAAUGGAUAUGUAUCAUUUUAUAAUUCAUUAGGAAAUAAUAUCUUUAACAUAAAUCCAAAAACAAUAUCACCAAACCCAGAUAUAUUGGAAGCUGGGGAUGCAAUAGCAUCUAUAAUAUUUCUUGAUCCAAGAACAAAGAAUGAAAAGUGGUCUUACGAAUUUAUAUUAAUUACAUACAGUGGCCUUUUAAAAUCCUAUCAUAUAUCUUUAUCCAAUGGUUUUAGUUUUAAUUAUGAAUUUUCUUUUUGUAACUUUUAUAAAAAUGGAGUCAAUGCAGUUGCAUAUGAUGAAAAACAUUCCUUAUUUUAUGUUGCUGGUAAUGCAAUCACAAAAAAGCUAACAUCUACAGCAUCAGAGACUGGAUUAACUUCAUGGAGAUUGUUGAAUGAUUAUCCAUAUUGUCAAUUAUCAUUUACUUUUAAUGAAAAUACUGAAACUAAAUCAAGAUUUUCUCUGUGGAAUAUUAUACCUACUUUAUAUUUUCGAGUUGAAUCAAUAAUAUUUAAUAUACGAAUAUCACCAAACAAUAAAUCAUUAAUAUGCUUACAUACAGAUGGAUCUGUAUCACUUUGGACAUUACCAAAUUUAAUAUUACAAAAUAAAUGGAAAUUGCAAGAACAACCAGGUUUCAAUAUAUCUAAUCCAUUAGGGCUUAUAAAGCUCAAAAAAUUUCCAUCUGGUUUCACAGAAUUUCAUCCUGUAGAUAUAGGAUGGUGGUCUAAUCAGGCUAUUAUCAUAGCAAGAUAUACAGGAUCCAUUUCAGUAUGUUCAACUAAAAAUCUAAAUAAUCUAUUGGGAACAAGCCCAGAAUUUUUAGCUGGUCAACCACAAAUUUGUGAGUUAGGUCCAGGUCGUGGGUUUUUAUGUUUAGAUUGUGAAUCUUAUAUAACAAGUAAAAAACGAAAUAGGGAAUCUAAUACUGAAGGUCAACUAUUAGAAGCAUCAUCAGAAAGUGAAAAAGAAAGUGAUGAAUUAGAACCUAUUACUAUUUUAAAUUACACUACAGAAUUAGUACAAAGUACUUUAUAUUCAAUUACUGAUAUGGAAAGAUUUCAACCAAAAAGAAAACGUUCAAAAGUUUUAUAUAGAACUUAUAGAAUUUUAGGACUUAAAAGUACUACUCCUGAAGAAUUAUAUACUAGAAAAAUAGAUAUUGAGGAAUAUGAAGAGGCUUUAGUACUGGCUAAUACAUAUAAUUUAGAUACAGAUCUUGUAUAUCAAACGCAGUGGCGAAAAUCUAAGUUAUCAUUAAAUGCUAUUCAUGAACAUUUAAGUAAAGUUACAAAAAGAUCUUGGGUCUUAAAUGAAUGUGUUACUCGUGUACCAGAUACCAUGGAAGCUGCAAGAGAAUUAUUAAAUUUUGGAUUAAAAGGUGCUAAUUUAGAAACAUUAUUCGCCAUUGGUGUAUAUGAUGAUGGAAAAUUUGUAUUAGCUGAUACCUUUGAUGAUGCAGUCGAAUUAGAUCAAGAAAGUAAUUUAAAGCAGAUUCAAAGAAUAAACAAAAUCAUUGAGUCUAUUGAUAUCAAUAACUUAUCAGAAGCACAAAAGGAUUUAAUUAAAUAUAGAAGAUCACUUUUGAAUCAUUUAGAUAAAUUACUUACUUAUGAAAUUAUUCUUGGACCUUCACUUCCGUACAAUAAAAAUUUUUAUGAGGAAUUCAGACAGCUUUCUAUCAUUGAAAACGCUAUUAGAUUUGCAAAGGACAGUGACUGUAGAGCAGUAGAAAUUAUGUUUGCUUAUUAUGGUAACAUAUUGUUACCACAUUGGCUAGCUAUUAUAAGUUUUUUCCCAGAAACUUUAAAUCCUUCAAAUUAUCAAAAACUGCUACCACAUUGUGAUUUAGAAGGACAACUGUUUUUACCAGAUCAAUAUGAAUUACGUCGAAAGGAUUGGUCUGAGAGAAAUAUUUUUAAUGAAAUAAUUAACUUUGUAGAGGAUGAUCAAUCUCAAUUACUUUAUGAAACAGAUCCAUCAUUAAAUAUAUAUAAAAAUGCACAACUUACACCAAACUUAUUGCAAAAAUGGUAUAGAUGUAGAGCAUAUGAAAUUGAGAAAACUAGUUUUAUGGUAGACAAUGCAUUAGGAUUAAUCAGGAUAGGAAAAUAUCAUAAUAUUAAUAAUUUAGAAGAUUUGUUAAUAGAUUUGGAAACAUUGGAUGAUCUAGUUUAUAAAGUUUAUCUGGAUGAUAUGUCAUUGGAUAAAUUAGAGAAAUUAAAUAAUCUAGAAAAGAUUAAAUUACUAAUGACAGGAUCAGAAGAAAGUAAUUUUGUCGAUAAUGUACAAAAUCUUAUAUUACCAUUUAUAAAGAGAAGGAAUAAGUAUUCUGAAAAAGAUUCUGAGGAAAAUCUAUUACAUAAUUACUUGGUCUGUAUAAGUAAAGAUGAUCUUAAAUUACCUGUUAAAUUUUUUGAAUACUUAAAACAAUUUGGUGAAACGGAUAUAACGUUAAUAAUGAAAGAUGUUGUAACCAUAGCCUUAGAUUGCAUAUAUGCAUGCAAUGAUUUAAAUAUGUAUCAAAAAGCAAAAUAUAUCUUAGAUACUAUAUCAAAAGAUCAAUAUCGUAAAGGAAAAUAUAAUAGUUCGUUUGAAGAACUUGACAGAGAACUCGAAAGCAUGAAAAUUUUAAAUAAAUAUGAAGUUAGAACAACAAUAAAUUAUUUGCAUAAUAAUAAAAACAAUCCUGAUGCUGUGAAAUUACUAUUAACUCAAAUGGCAAGAAGUUUAAACAAAUUAACACCACAUCCAGAUGAAAAACAAUGGGCUCAAUUAUUGAAUCAAAUGUUAGAAAUUCGUGGCAUGUUAUUUACAUGUAUUGAUAUUGAAAUAUGUUUUGAAAUUUGUGUAUCUGCUAGAUUAAUGUCAGGAGAUAAAUCUAAUAUUCAAACUUGCGUUACACUGAUAGAAACAAGAAAAAAAGAGGAAUCCUUACUGAAAGUUUCAUAUAAUAAAGCUGUCAAUCUUAUAAUAGAAGCUAGUAAAGAAUAUUUCAACAGUUCCAAAAGUCUUACUGAUCCAAAUAUGGAAUUAGCUAAGACUUGCUUGCAUUUGAUUCUUGAUGAUAAUUAUAUUAUCAGAGAAGAAUAUGAUCUGAUUAAUUCACUUCAAAUUUUGAACGAAUUUAAUAUAGAUAUACUACCACUUCAAGUAAGAUCUACGCACGAUAAAUUAAAAUUAAUAGAGGAUUGUUUAAAUAAACGUGAAGAUGCUUAUAAAAGUCGUCAACGAUUGUUAAUGUUAGCGAAUUAUCUACAUAUUGAAAAAAAUAGUAUUAGGCUGCGCGAAGGAAAAGUUUUAGAACUCGUGGCUAAAAAAGCAUUACAGGUUCACGACUAUAAUACUUGUGCGAUUACUUGCCAACAACUAAUGCAAAUUAAUUAUGUUCCUAUAUGGACAGUGGUAUUUGAAUUAGGAUGUUCUGAAAAUUUUCGAGAUUUACAAACUCGUAAGAGAUGUUUAUGGUUUGCUAUAAAUAAUGGACCUAAUGAUAUAUUAAUCAAAGCUUUGGAAUGCGUACAUUUAAUUGAAGUGCAAAUAUUACAUGAAAAUUUGCAGUUGUGGAUGCCUAAUGAUAUAUCUGAAGAUUUUGAUGAGAUUGAAAGUGAAGAUGAAUUUAUAGAUGCUAUGACUACACCUCAAGUAGAAAGAAAAGAAUUUAUUCCUAAGGUGUUUGAAACAUCAACAGAAAUUGUAAAAACUUCUGCUAACAUUAUGAAAAAUUCAACAUAUGGAUUAAUCAAGAAUAUAGGGAAUACAGAUUUUUGGAAGUCAAGAUUAAAAUUUAGUUUCAGUAAUUCAUUACAAAAAGAAAUACAAAAUGAAAAUGAAACCAAUGAGAAUGGAAAUACAAAUAUUCAAAGUUUCUCUUGUUUUUAUGAAACUUUAUAUAAAAAUGAAAGAAUCAGUAAUCUUGAUACAAAAUACGUAAAUUAUUCUAUAUUAGAAGUGCAAAAUACUAAAUUAAAAUUAUGUAGAGCAUUAUUAAGAAUAAGUUUAUUAACUGAAGCUUCUUGUUACGGACAUGAAGUAAAUGAUAUUAAUCAUUUGCUUUUAGAAUGUGCUAAACAUACUAUCCAUGAAGAUUGGUUGUUAAGUGUGGCAUACUUGCUGAGUCUAAAUAAAACUUUUAUGUCAGAUAUUCUAUCUAUUUUCAUGAAUUUACCAAGAAAUGAAUUGUGCAUAGAAACAGUUAUAUAUUACUAUUCUUUAGAACUUCAUAAACAAUUAUGUAAUAAUAUUGAAAAGUUAUACAUGUAUGAUCCAUUAUGUUUAAUAAGCAAGGCACUAAUGCUUGCAACAAAUUGUGAUGAAUGUGACAUACAAAAGGCAUUAUUGCACUGUAAAUCUUAUUUAAUGAAUGAUGAAAAACUCACAAGUAUGCUGUCAACAAAUUCUGAUGAAGAUGUGAAUGAUGAAAAGUAUAACGUUCCUGAACAUAGCACAAGUAUAAAUAAACAAACAGAUAUAGAAUAUAAUAAUGGAGUAACAACACUAAGUUCAGAUUCAAUGAAAGAUGAAGUAUCAUCUACAUUAUUUAAUUAUAAAGAUGAUGAAUGGACAGAUGAGUGGAGUAAUUUUUCUGAUGCUGAUCUAGAUGAAACUGUAAAUAAUAUCACACAAAAAGAAGUUAUAGUUGAAGAUAAAAUUUAUACAGAAGAAGAUCGUUUUAAAAUUUUCAUGAAAAUGUACACAGAAAUAAAAAAUAUACAAGAUUACGAGCAAGUUAAGAAUAUCUUGUCGACGUGGCCAGUUUUUAAUAAGUCUGAAUUUACUACAGUUAAUCUACAUCCAAUAUUACAAAUGAUUAAAAUAGUUCGUACGUGUAUCAUAGACAAAGAUACUGCCCAAUAUGAAGAUCAAGUAUUACAAGAGUAUAAAGAUCUCAUUAAAAUGAUAUCUGGAACGAAUAUACUCAGGGAAUUUCUAAAACAAGAACUUGAUAACAUUCCUUUAGAUCACAAUCUUCAUAUACGUCUUUGUACAGAUGAUCCAAUACUUCAUAAAGAGGCAAUAGAUAUACUUCAAAAAGAGGAAAAGAUGAAGCUUUCAUUAAUAACACUAAAAGAAAUCUUUUCAAAAAAUUUAACUUGUUAUUUUGAGCCAGAUCAUGAGGUAUACAAGCAAAUAAUUAAACAUAUUUUUAUAAAACAAUCUUUUCCAAAUAUUGAAGAAAAUACAGCAAUACUUGUAGAAAAAUUAAUGGAACAAAAGCACGUGAUGCAUGCUUUAAGUAUAAUAAGUAUGACAAAAAAUAUACCUACAUCUUUAAGUACUUUCGGAACUUGUUUUCAGAUGUUAAUGAAAAAAUAACUUUCAAUUAUAAUGGCAUAUACUGAAAUAUUAAUUGUAUAUAAAAAAAAAAAAAAAUAUAUAUAUAUAUAUAAAUGUUAUAAAAAUGACUUCUUUUAUUAGAACAAUGUAAUUUUCUUUCACUCAUGUUAUAAUAUUCAAACACGAGUAAUUAUAUAACAUAUGAAAAGAGCACAACAUAGAAAAAACGAAUUGUAUUUUUCUACUUGAAUAUAUAUUAGUUUACGUGAGAAGCUAAAUGUUACAAUACAUUAUUAAUUGCUGCAAAUUGUAUAAAAAGCAUUAUGAUGAAUCAAAAUUAACCUAAAAUAUGGAAUAAUUAUAUUAAUGCCGAAAAUCAAUUGAUGAAGUCACUGGUAGAGAUUAUCAACCUUUCAAAGAAGACAAUCCAGCUCUCAUUAUUUCAUCAACAAGCAGAAGAUUACUUGCAAUAAUGGUGCUGUAAAGUAAAAUAAUGUAUUAUAUAAAUAUUCAAUCGCUUUGAUUUAAUUUAAACUAACUACAUUUUGUAGUAUAUUAAUUUUAACCUAUUACCAUGAAUUAAUUAUUUGUUUCUUCACGACAUAAUUAUCAAAAAUUCCAGCAUCAACUGGUUUUAGAGCUUCUCCAGUAGUCACAUCUAAACCAACAGCUUCUCCUAAAGUAGAACUUUCUUCCAGUAAUUUUACAAUUGUGUCUUGGGAAUCAAAACCACUGUUAAUAGCUAAAAAUAUAAAAAUAUAUUAAUUUUUUAAUAUAAUAUAAUAAAUGAAAAGGCUAAAGUUUUAGAGUCAUAUAGUAUACCAAGAGUUUUUGGAAUAAUGAGUAAAGCUUCAGCAUAUGCCUGUACUCCUAAACGUUGCUUUCCUUUUACUUUCUCUUUAUAUUGUUGAAGUGCUUGACUAGCAGCUACUUCAAAUGCACCAGCUCCAGGUAUAAUAGCUUGAUCAUCAAUAGCAUUUUUUAUAGCCCUUAAUCCAUCUCUUACAGCAUCCUUCAAUUGUUCUAGUGUAUAUUUAUUUGGACCCUAUAUAAAAACAAGGUUAUACACAGUUAUAUAUUGUAUAACACAGUUAUACAUUUUUUAUAAACAAAUAAAUUUACCUUCAGAAGAAUUGUGACAGAAUUUGGAUUUUUACAAUCUUCUAUAAAUGUGUAUUUGGUUUCUCCCUGAAAUAAAUCCAUUUUUAGAUAUGUGUUCUAGUAUUCAUAAAUAUUUAAAAAUUUUAUUAGUAAAUUACCAGAACGUGUUCAUAAACUAAGCCAGCCCAGCCAAGUUGUUCCUCCUGCAAAUCAUCUACAGAAUUCAUAGCUACUCCACCACAUGCAAGUGCUAAACGUUCCAUAUUCCUACGUUUUGCACGACGUAAAGCCAUAAUAUUUUCUUUUGCAAGCAUGUCUAAAGAUGGUGGAUCAAUACCCUUUUGAUUUAUUAUAACAAAUGAUUUAUUUGUUCCAUCACACAAUUUCUUCUUCAACUCAAUUAUUUUUUUAACACGAUUAUCUAUGAAGUGUCUUUCUGCUGCAACUAAUUUUUCUCGUUCUUCAGCUGUCUUAUAGAAGAAUCCACUGUUUACCUAUAAUGUUAAUAAUUAUAUAUUCUAUUAUCUAAAAAAUUGUAUGUACAUCAUUUUAUUUACUUACUUCACUUUUUUCAUAUUCUAAACUGACAUUACAUGUAAGAAUAUAUGCAUUUUCUACUCUUUUAGGCAUGUCUGGAUGUCUGCAGCCAUGAUCUGUCACAAUACCACGAAUUAAAGUAGUGUCAAUAGCAGUCCUAUGCUGCAUUUCCAUUAAUUCUACCAUAUGUAAAUCAAUUUCUUUUCCUUCCUGUCUGAUAGCUAAUACUGCAUCUACGCAAAUUCCUGUCAAUUUAUCUGCUAUACUAGGAUGGACCUUUGUUCUAAGUGAUGUCCUUGCUAUUUCUAAAAGAUUUUCUCUGGUAACAGUAAUUGGGAUUUUCAAAGAAUCCAAAAUCUCUAAUGUUUUAGCACGAGCUAAUUCGAAGCCUUCUGUUAACACCCUUGGAUGUAAGCCUUCUGAGAUGUAAAGGUCUGCUUGUUUAAGAAGUUCUCCUAUAACUAAUACAGUACUAGUUGUACCAUCUCCAGUUAUAUCAUCUUGAGCAGUCGAUGCUCUUGCAAUUAAAGAUGCUGUUGGAUGUUGAAUUUGCAUUUCAUGAAGUAAUACAUUUCCAUCUUUAGUU